GUCGCUGAUUCAAGGUUUGUCGUGACUACUGGGGUGGAUGGGGUAGUGAAUGAAGGGGUGGACAGUGUUGUGGCGACAUGUUUACCUGAGAAAUUUGUCAUGUCCGCCUGACCAUUGCGCGCGCUGUCAACAUCACACGACGCGCGUCACGCCACCCGCCGCGCCCUUAGUCGAAUGUUUAUAAAAAGGUGGUUGCACCUCACCUGUGACCGCAGUUUGGUUUCGAGGAAAAGAAAAUGAGAAAGGGAGUGAAAAUAACGAUGAUGAGCUCUGUGAAAUGUGUCAUACCCGGUGAGAAUUAAGUGUAUCACACCCAGUGAGAAUUGUCUCACACCCAGUAAGAAUUAAGUGUGUCAAGACAAGGCGACCAUCCGUCCCCGUUUCCCCUUCCCCCAUGUCCCUGGAUUGGCACAAAAAAUUCUGGUGACCCUACCUGAGACUUACAAUACAUCUACGUGUGGCUGCAUUGCACAGAAGACCUGAUAAUUGUGCAGGUCAACCUUUCUUCGUCUUUUAUUUUUUUCAGCUUUCUUUUGGAUUCAGUCUUACCUCAGUAGUCAGUGAAUUUUCAGCGAAUCGCUUCUAUUCCUUUAGUUUUAAGUUUUAGACACUCGAUCGUUUAUGUCACGUGUAACGGACAAAAAAAAAAUGAUGGAUUAAUACAACAGACAGAUGAAUGAUUGAUACAGUAUGCUCGCUUCAGUUUGUGUUCCAUGGUAGUGGCAGAAGCUGAUCAACAUGUCUGUAUACUUUGCAACUCAGUUGGAGUCUCCCGCCCCUCUGUCGAGUUGACAACUGAAGCCAUCAACACAAAGAACAUGUUCACAAAGCCAUCAACAUCAACAGGUUUGUUUCCUGAAACCUGGGGACCGCCCGAGUGUCUACCUACCUGUGCUGCUUUCAAUCCUACUUCACCUUCUUCAGAUUAUUCAUCCAUCUUUUUUCCCACCUGUAGGACCGUUUCGCUGGGCACACACACAGUUGGAUGAUGGAGAGAGGCUGCCUUCAUCUGCUCCACGCCCGUGACCGUUCAGGUGUCAAACUGUUUGUAGUCGCGAGCCUCGGUUUGAUCCAAGCGCGACGGCAGGCGGCAACGACCGAGCGUUCAGAUGACGCGUCCCUCCCUCGUGACCCGACCCCGUGACUCGGUGCUAACUCUACAACCGUCGGUUGUGGGCGGGCUUGGCCUGAACGCAGCAGCAGCAGCAGCACAUCAGUGCUCCACGCCUGUGACGUGGUGUGACUCGCACCUACACCACCGACCACCAACCACCCUCACCGCCGCCGCUGUCGACAGUUCGGGGCGCGUUCACACGCCAAACCUCCCGCUCUGUGUUCAUGUUCACACCGAGAAUCGUCUGCUGUGAGUGUCGGGACUCAACCUCAACCUUCUGCCAUCGAAAUGCGUUUUAAACACUCGGCGGCCGAUCGGAAACAACAGCUGAUCCCCAGCAACACCAGACUCGGGUUGAUAAACACUCGGCUGUAUUCAAACUGAAAUUUGAGAGCAGGCAGAAAAAAAACACACUGACACACACGUCUGCUUCUCUCAGCUGUUGGAUUGUGAACGACUGAACGAUGUCAGUGCAGCGAUGAUGUGUGCGAUGUAGCCGGCGAUAAUUCUGUGGUGGUCAACACUCGGUGGUCGGUCAGAUGUUGGGCGAGUCGACCCGCGGUGUUGGUCGUCGUCGGUGUUUUCUGUCUCCAACGGACAAACACAACAGGAUGACAUUUACGAUGUGCUGCAGAUGUGUGUUGUUCAUCGAUUGACGACAAAACUGUUCAUUUGAUAAACAGAUCGGGGCACGGUGAUUUGUUGGCUGCAACUGGAGAAGUGUCGUCUGCAAAUAAUAAAUACGACAGCUGCUAUCGCCGCGGGUUCCAGCUGCCGGGACUAGAUACACAAUCAUGUUUGUCUCCCUCCAAAAUGGAACUAACGACAAAACCUAAGCCCAGCUCCCGGAAGUCCAUGUCCAGAUCACCUGCCCGGAUGAUGACGUCACAGCUCCUGCUGACCGUGUCGUGGUGGCAACGACAGCAGAUGUUUUGGCGGAAGUGGCUGCUGGUGGCGCUGCUGACGGUGCUGUUCAUGUUCGCCCUGCUGCUGCAGGCACAGCUAGCGAGGGCGCCCACAUCCUGGAGGCCUCCUCUAGAUGACGAGGUCGUCGCCAUGAUGGCGCCGCCAGAGGCCUCUGCCGGAUCCGAAGACUUGCAGGCCGGAAGUCAGCUGAUCGCCUCGCCGGCUCGUUUGUACUGGCAUGAACGGCACGUGACGGACUGGUACCUCCGCGUGCAGCUGACCCUGGGAUUUAGCCCUCGCUCCCUGCCCACUCCUCCUUCCCUGCCUCUCCAGCCCUCAACGGAAGUCUCCGCGCCGCGCACCUUCCAACCUUUGUUGUCGCCCCGCGAGAGGGCGCGACUUCGUUACGCCCUGGAGCUCUUCAGCGCCGCCUGCCGCCUGGCUGACCUCACAUACUUCCUGCUGGACUCCUCGCUGGUGGGCUCGUUACGUCACCACGGCGUGGUGCCCUGGCAUGACGUCAGUGUGGUGGUGGGCAUGCCCUUCAAGCAGCAGGAGCUGACCCUGAUGGUGUUGGAGGGCGUGAAGGGCGCGACCCUCUUCUGGCCCAACCCCUACAGCUGGUCCUUCCGCUUGAAGGACGUGCGACCGGAUCCGCCAGACCUCGUGCGCAUGACCUACAUCGACAUACGCUUCUACCGCGAGAACGUCACCCACCUGUGGGGUCUGACCUGGGGCGACCACCACACCUUCGUGACCCCCCGCCAGCGAGUCUUUCCCCUCAGGACGAGACCCUUCGAGGACCUGCAGGUACCCGUCCCCUGCGACCCGGGAGCCGUGCUGCACGACGAUGCCCUAUCGCUGUGUCACAUGAUGCUGGAGGAUCCGGAGAAAGCUCUACGUCACGAGGCGGGGACAGUGCCAUGUGACACACUGCAGCGCGUCUUCCCCUUUGUCACGCGUCACGUGCCACUGACGUCAUCAACUGCCUUGGAGGAGUUGCGCGUGAACGGCAGCCUCCUGUACAGUAUUGAGUUGGAGACAGGUUGCACUCAGUAGACGUUACAAAUAAUUAUUAAUUUGGUAAAUCGAAUUAUCCCCGGGUAGACGCAAUAUUAAUGCGCUGCACACACGAACGGACAGUCAACCACACAAACACAAACGUCAGCACACGGAUGACACCGUUGCAAACACUAAGACGCCGCCAGGUGUCAGCCAGACAGCAAUUGCCAUGGAAACAGGUUGAGCUCAAUAGACACUUUCCGCCGUUGCCAAGGAUGAAGGCUAUGCUCGGUGGUUAUCGUUUGUUGUCCACUUUCGGGUCGUUGCUGUGGAAACGGACUAUCCUCAGUAGACGACUUUGGGGUCAUUCCUGAGACUGUUGUUAUGGAAACAACAGGGGCGCCAUUCACCCCGGUGCAGGUUGUCGUGGUUCGCCGAGCUCGAAUUGACACGUGACCAGGCCUGUGAACAUUGUUAGGGUGGGAUGCAAAACAGUAAAUAAAUAAAAAUAAUAAAAAUAAAGAAAUUCAACGAUUUACGAAACAUCGUCUUUAUACUUACUCAUUAUGGUUGUAGGCGCACAGCCAGACUCCUAGCUUCCUUCAGAGCUCGCGCCUGAGUACAGUUCUUCCAGAUGGGACACACCUGUUAAAGUGUGGUGUCUCCAACAAUAGGUGACGGGGACAGGUGUGUCUCUUCAUCACAAAUCACAUGACAGUCUGUCUACCUGUGAUCAUGAGAUGCAGACCUCCAUCAUGUGUAAGGAGGCCUGCUUACUACAUCGCUCUCUGUCCAGUAAUGAUCACGUGACUUAUUGCAGUGAUGUGCCUGGUGUCCAUCGGUCUGACCACGACGACCUUUGCCCCCUUGCAUGCCUGCAAGACAAAUUCACAGAGGGACCUGUCAUAGAACGAAGCACUUUGUCAGUCAGUUCACCAUCACCAAGAAUGUCCUGCCGUGCCCAGUGACUAGAGGACUGUGAGGGAGAUGGUCACGUGCUCGAAAAUCGGCUUCCGUGGAGUUGUCCCUCACUCCACUUGGAGUUGUCUCUCACUCCACUUUCGUUAUAGAGUCUCAGGUGAUAAUUACAACCCCUGUAAUGAUUACAAUUAUAAUAUUUACAUCUCCAUCAUUUGUUCUUCCCGUCAGACACCUGUGCAUAAAAAGAAUUCCGGAGACUUCUUGAAGACUGAUAUUUCCAUCAGAAAUAUUUAUUUGUCCAUUGUAUUUCCUUGUGUUAUUUCCAGUUUGACGCCUUGUUUAUUGUAUUCCACAAAUUAUCUAACAACAACUCAUGUAUACUCCAUGACAAGUGAUCGAGGGGUAUGGAGGUAUCGUGACGUUUGAAUGAGAGAGAAAAGAAAUAUAUUUACUAGAAGGAAGAGGAAACGACAAAAAUAAAACAUUCAGGGUGGGAUGAGGUGUGGUUUUCGUAAACAGAAUGUUUUUGUUGUCCUGUUUAUUGGCUCACAACGAUGUCCCACGGUGCAUCUUUCAUCUCCUGCAAACCUUUCGGGUGUUGUUUUUUUUUUUUUUUUUUUUUUUAUGUUGUCGAGUCUUUUCACUGGUAAUAUUUCCCUCGUGUCUUUCUUACUUUUGUGUUGCAAGAAGGGUGUUAACGCUUUUGACUGGGUUCUUGCCUUUGCUAACCACUCUUUUUCUUUUCUUUUCUUUCUUUUUUUUUUUUUUUUUGAGAGGUUGUUAAGCACCCAGUGACGACCGUCCAACACUUCUUGAUUCUCAUGAUGUGCUCUGGACAGAAAGGCGACUGGAGAAGAACAACUACACAACUGGAUAUUCAAUGAAUAAAUAUUCAGGACUUCUUCGGGAAGGAGAGCGGAGGGACCAGUUCCAAUACUCAACCUCUGCGGUCCCUCUUGUUUUCAUCGCACUGACAUUUUAUCUGUGCCGAGAUUUAAAGUUUUGUCAUUUGGAAACAUUUCCACAGCCAAUAUUAAACAGUUGUAUGGCAGUUUGUUGCAUGUUUAUGUUUUGAUAUGUACAAUCUAGCAUUAAAAUAAACUUUACUGACUUGUAAAGUAUAGUCAGAUGAAAUCGCUUCUGUAUUUGCCUACAUUCAGUUGCAGGUAUCCAGUUUCAGGCUCAGACACAAAGUGUCGGUGAUAAUCUGUUCCAAGGAGACGAGCAGUCUGAACAAAAAUAAAUAAACAGGUACGAACAACAACUA